AUCAUGGCCCCGGCCGUGGAAAUCUCCUCCCUCUCCUUCUCUCGACGAUCCCAUUCUUCUCCCGAUCUUCCGUCGCUGCCAUCGCGAGCCAAGUCGCCCUCGCUUGGCCAGCCCGUCUCGACCGAACAGCCCGCCUUGGAUAUCAAGGACUUGGCCGAGAUCGCGGCGUUUGAAAUACCCUCCUUCAAUACCGAUUUAGACUUCAAUCUCGACAUCUCUCUUCCUCUUGAUUUAGAGAUCAAGGCGCCCCCUUCUACUACCUCUGAAUAUGCCGACCCCAGACCCCCUUCUCCACCAACAACCUUGCAACAUCUACGCACAAAAUCUGCAGCUUCGUCCAACGAUGGGCCUCGCUCAUGGCUGCGCAGCUUGACGACCAUUCGAGAUACUCAGUACGAGGACGACGAGGCCGCAACUCCUCCGCUGGACGAACCACGGCGGCCAGCUACAGCAAACGAAGCCCCCAUGGACAGCGAUGAGGCAGCCCGCCGAGCAGCCCGGGACCGCUCUCAAUCCACAACUGCAAGCUUUGCCAGCUUCACCAAGAGGUCGUGGAUCCCGUCGUCGCGCUCGCUGCCCAAAAUCCAAUCAGACGCUCCAGCUGCGACGAGCGUGAAGCAAGAAGCGAAAUCGAACCGCUACCAGCUGAAACGGGCUGUGACGGCCAGCAUCCAGGAAAUUACAGCCAAUCAGACGGGCCAAACCCGCUUAGUCGACUCAGGUGCUAAGCCCGCGACGAAGGGAUUCGCUCGUGCCACCAGCUACUUCUCCAGGAUCAAGCAAAAACCCGCGUCCACGUUGUCUAAAACAAGUGACAGCAUUGGCUCCGAUUUUAGCUGCGCCUCGUCUGCCACCAGCUUGGCUCAGCCGGGCUCUAGUAGCAUCGACACGCAUGUCUCGCAAUCCACCUCUUCUGCCGAGACCAACUCCACGGCGCUCACCACAGAUGAGUCGUCGAGCGAAAUGCCAGCGCGCAUGCCCGAUCCUCUGUGGUCGCAGUUCAAGAAUUUAGACCUCGAGUUUCGCGGUUUCGCCUCCAAGGCUGUUGCCCAGCAAUGCGCCCUGAUCGAGUCCCUGUUUUUGCCUUUUCUGAAGAGCAGCACCAGCCAGCAGUCACUUGGCGGUCUGCGGCCCGAAGAUGUCGACUGCCGGGCUUCGAUCCUCAACAAGUGGUGGGGUGGCGUCCUCGACAUGCUCGAGGUACAGCACCAACAGCCGGUCCCGGGUCUUGAUCGACAGCUACUUUUCGAGACGGCUACUACUAUCAUGAUGCGACUUGAGUGGCGCCAGACAACCUCUUACUUUAUGCCCUUGUCGGAGCGGUCCCCUCAAGACCGGAUGCGGGCGAGGUCAUCCACCAACUCAUCCACCUCAUCGCAGAGCUCAAACCAAUCCGCCAUGCUGGCAGAGUCGGCUGAACACAACAUCAGGACCAUGUUUGUGUCCAACUUGGUGAGGCAGAUGGCUUUUGUUGUUGAAAAGAUGUCCCUCCGCCACGUGCCCCCAAGCUUGAUCGAGUUCGCCGGCAAGACGUGUGCAUACGCCUUCUUCUUCGCGCCUGGUGUGUCUGAUAUCUUGGUGAGGCUUUGGGGUCUGACUCCCGACUUGAUUCGCCGCGCCUCUGAAAGCAUGGGCCUGGGCCGAAGCAAUAGCAAUGUGCCAGUCGAUGGGGAAAUUGCAGCCUCAUUUCCGCCGAGGCUGAGUCCCUUGGCCUGGUCGUCGCCUCGAGGCAUGUGGGCUACUCUAAAACGUAUCCCCAAGAUGCCUCUGCUUGUAGCGAGGGUGCCGUGGACGGGACCCUGGGUUAUGCGUUGGAAGGGUCGUGAUACCGACCUUCUCUUCAUCUUUUGCCGAUAUUUUCACCUUUUAUCCAACCAGUUUAUGCCGCAAGGUCUCUCCUUGACUGAGAAAGCACAGUCGCCUGCAUUUAUUCUUGUUCAUGCACAGCUCUUGUCGAUCCUCGAUGGCACCAUCCAUCGCCAGGCUGCCUUUGAGCCUCAAGCCUCGCUUUUGGCUACCUCGGCUCGGGGAGCUGAAGCAGCAGCUUUACAGAUGCCUAUGCCGUCGAACAACAUGAUGAAGAGCAUGGCAGAGAAUAGACUGGUGGUGCUGUUGAAAGAUGUUCUAUCCGAUGACACUUCUUUCAAUUCGGGAGCAAGACAUACCUUUGCCGAAGCUUUCUCUGCACUGUUGAAAGCUGCCGCGAGCAGGACUCCGAGAUACAACAGUACCGCAUGCUCAACACUGUGUGACCUAUUGGAGGAGGUUAUCCUCAUCUACCAUCGGGCUGAGACGACUGAAAACCCAACAUGCUAUAUUGACUGGCCUUUUUGGGUUGACGUUUGCAAACUGGCCUUGACCUCGUUGAACACUCUAUCAGAAAUUCGAAUGAUCUCUUUCAUUUUCACGGUAUGGGAUGCUAUUGCCAAGGAUCCUGAGCAUAAGAUGAUGAUAUGCCGUGACUGGCUGUUGACGGAAGAGACCUUUAAUUCAUUUUUCAACAACUGGUGCCCAAUGGUGCGAGCAUACUACAUGCGUCUGCUUUGCUGGAGAAUCUGUCGCGACAAGGGUAGCCAGAAUGAAACAGACAUGGAAAUUUUUGCACUGGCUUCAAAGAGGCUCAAGAGCGUUUGGUCGCAUUAUCUAUAUCUUAAGCAGACUGCCGAGGAAGCUGGCCAGCCCGGCCCCGCGACAGCACCAAUGUCGCCUACUCUGGGAAAGCGGUUCAUCAUCAUUCGGCAGGAAAUCAGUGUACCUCAGCCGGGCCUAUUUGUGACGUUUGAUUCGUUCACCAAGGCGUCAAGUAUAGUGUCGCCCUCCAGCGACAGCAGCGCUGAUGCAAGCCUUCUAGCCAAGAAUGACCCCAAGAAAAAGUGGUCUAUUCUCAAGUUACUAACAUUCAACUCGGCCGCCUCCCCCAGCACCCGAACGGCGACAGAUUCAUCACCUUCAGAGGAUGGACUUCAGAAUGCACGGCGCGAGGUUGCAAACUCUCGGGCACGGCAGAACACUCCAUCCAGCCCACCCAGGACGGCCAAAUCCGACAAGAGCGUGGACUCUGAUGGCUCGAACCCAGUCUUCGAAGAGCCCAAGUUUACUUUCAAGUUUGUUCUGGGCUGGCCGCAACCUCAGCAACAGGUGCCCUCGCUAGACCGCAUUCUCGCGUGCCCGAGACUUCCUACACCAGCCCAAGCAAGACUUGGCUUCCAGGCAAAACGUGGGGGUGGCCCGACCCUUCCCCCACUCUUGAUACCCACGAGAAAGUUUUCUGGCAGUUCACAGGGUGGUUUGGUGCAAGCAGCAAGGAAUGCAAGCCCACUUAGUUCACCAGUCACAGAGCCUCGUCGAAAAUUAUCUCUAAGCGGCGGGGUAAUACCAGAAGAGUCUUCGUCUAUUACAAGCGGUUCCGAGACAAAUAGUGGCGCAUCUACCCCCAGCGAAUCCAGGCUUCUUCCGUCUCCCAUCGUCCAGCUGACACUGAGCGAAGAACGCCAAGGGGAGGCCAAUGCAGAGGCUGUAAAGCCCGCUGGAGCGUUUGUCAAGAACUUGGUUUAUUCGGGACGUGCGUUGUCCGAGUGGAGCCUUGUGGUAGCGGAGUGCAACAACUUUGUUGAGCGCCGCCGCGAUGAGGGCGUUGAUACGCUGCAUGAAGUUGAAGUGCCGUUGCUCGGCGUCGAGGGAUUCCGCAAGAUGGGUGGCUAG